GUGCUACGGAUCAGUUGCUGUGCGGUAAUUUGUACGGUGAAGUGAGCAUAACUUGUUAAGCAGAAAGUGUAGAAAAGUGUAAAAGUCUUCGAGUUGGAUAAAUUUGUUAUAAUGCCACGUAAAAAGCGAGCACCUAGCCCCAUGGAAAUGUUUGACGAUGAUUUUGACGAAGAUGCCAGUUCGCAGAGCUCCCAACCUCCAGUGCAACGCAAUGCUGCAAAUGCACGGGAACGCAUGCGAAUGCGAGUUUUAUCCAGCGCUUAUGGUCGCCUAAAGACAAAAUUGCCUAAUAUUCCGCCCGACACGAAGCUCUCAAAAUUGGACACUUUGCGUUUGGCAACGCUCUACAUAAAACAGCUAAUUACGGCCGUCGAGACUGGCAGCAGCCACAACCACAACCAUCAUCAGCAUCCUCAUCAUCAUCAUCCUCAUCCUCAUCAUCGCCAUCAUCAGCAUACCAGCAGCAGUCCAAGAGCAGAUGGGCUAGAUACGAAUCACUUGACGGAUUGCGGCGGUGGGGCAGGCGGAGCUAUUAGUGGCACUUUUUCCCAUUUUCACAAUGGCGGACACAGCGGCGGCAUGAGCUGGCCCUUUGAGUUCCAUCAGAGCAAUCGCAACAACAUGGCCUCAUUCAACUCCUCAUCUUCUUCAUCGACUACAUCCAAUUCGUCCCGCUUAGAGUGGCAAUCGCAAACACCGCAGUCCUAUGGCAAAGUACCACGUAAUGAGCCACAUUCGGACUAUGUCCAACUGCAGCAGGCUCAAAAUCCAAUACAGCCUUCGCAUGGACAGUGGUAUCCCGCGGACAUGCAGUUGGACCUGGAUCAGGGGUGUGGCUAUGAGGCACCUGGAGCUCAGCAACAUCAUCAUCACCGCACCAAUCAGGUUCACACACUAUAACUUGGUUGAUCCUGAGAAAUUGGCCAUAAAUUCAAAUAUAUUGAAUGUUGUAAUUAUUGUCUAACCAAAAGUAAUAUGGAUCUACCUAACAUACACAUUUUGCAACCGAAAAGUCGAUUAUAACUCAAAUCAAUCUAGAGAAAAUCAUUUGGAAGUGGCUGACUUGAAAGUUGUUGCAUAGUGUAAUUGUAUUAAAUCGUGAUUUAAUUAUAAUCAAAUCAAAAAUAAUUAUU